CGAUAUAUUAAUUAGCUGAGUCGCGGCCCUUCUGGCCGCAGUCUGGUAUUUCUUAGUCUGGGACGAUGCCAGCGACGAUGAUAUGCUCCGUGAUUUGACGAACGGAGACGGCAAGUACAUGUACUCCACCUUGUCCAUGCUGAAAGCGAGCAUGGUAAGCCGAUCUUACCGUGAGAGGAUUCUCCUCAUCGCUCUCCGAUGGCAUGGAUGCCCAGAGCGAAAACCCGAGAGCCUUCUACCACGCCGCGGCGAACAACCACGUAAAGCUCCUCGGCCAAGCGCUAAUGCAGAAAAAGGCCAGACGGCACGGUCAAUAACUUACAGGUGCAGCGUCUUGGACUGUGCCGUCGCGACGGGUCAAGACGAGCAUUUUCUCAAGCGCCCUUUGCAGCUCGGCGGCCCGGCGCUGUCGGGCAGCCAACUCCCUCGUUUUUCGUACUGGACUUUUGUAUAUCAGGAGUCCAAGGCGAGUUGGAGGCAUUUCAAAGAGGUACUGUGCCCAAGCUCCGGGGGGGGGGGUGAAGCAUGAUCCUUUAUUGCUGGUUGGUUGAUUUAUUGAUCGUCAUGUCAUUACGUCGUAGUUCUAUCUAUAG